AAUUGAUCUAUCUAUCUAUCUACCACAGCCACGCCCGUUUUUCUACAAGAAGCCAUAAAGUUUAGUGAGCUAGCGCGCUAUGGUACAGUUGUUCAGCAAGCAGCAAUGUACAAGAUGCUUCAACUACUCGGCCUGUUAGUGACAGCUGGUCUCCUCUCUCCUUGCGUGGCAGAGACCUUCUAUGUCACCCCAACCCUCCCAGCCGGCCCACCUGACUGUCCUCAACCUUGCGACACCUUGGACCACUAUGCUCAGCACGGAAAUUUAUCUGACCACAUUAACAACAUCACUCUGAUAUUCCUGAAGGGAGUUCACAAUCUCAAUAGGACCCUGAGUAUUUAUACUAACAAUAUAACCUUGCAGCCAGCACUUCCAAACCUGGGACAACGCCCGAAGGUUAUUGGUCAAUUAUACCCUACUAAUUCUUUGAUUAGUAUCGCAUCAUCAAAUGUAUUGAUCGCAGAAAUUUUGUUUGAGAAUGUUCUACUAUCUGUAUCUGAUUCUGUAUCUGAUUCUGUAGGAUUUACAGCUACUUUCCGAUGGUGUAGCUUUUUUGGUCAUCGUGGUGGCUUGGUACUGCGUAAAAACACGCAAGACCCGAUUGCUGACAGCUCAAUAGUAAUCAAAAAGUCGACUAUAUCUCACACCUAUAUGGGAGUUUGGGUCAUUGCAGGAAAGAAAGUUUUGAUUGAGGACAGCGUGAUAUUUCAGAAUGAUUUGUAUGGAGUAUAUACUGUUAACACACCAAAUGUAACUAUUGUCAAUUCCAACAUAACUGAUAAUAGUAUCGGCAUUCUAUCAAAUCGCUCAGGCAUUACACUGCGAAGCUCUUGGAUUGAUAGCAAUGAUGUUGGAGUUGUGCUAAUAAGAAAAGAUAGGAAUGAAAUAGAUCACUGUUGUUUCACACGAAACAGAGUCGUUGGAAUAUGGGUAUUCAAUCAAGAAGAAACAAUUUUCAAGGACUGUACAUUCGAUAACAACAACGGAACACCAAUCCUAGCCUACCAAAGUACCUUCCAGUUGUCAGGAGAGAAUGUGUUUGUUAACAACAUUGCAGUAAGAGGAGGUGGUCUGGCCUUGUAUCAAUCACAAGUGAUAUUUGAUUCAGGAUCUACUACACGUUUUGAGAACAAUACAGCUCUGGAGUACGGUGGGGGGAUCUAUAUUGCUACAGAACCACCUCUCCCUCCACAGCUACUAGUUAUUGUGGAGAACGGAAUUUUGCAAGACGUUAUCUCUAACUUUUAUGAACCUUGCUUUUAUAACAAUACCAGUGGUGAUACUCGAGUGACGUUCUUUGGGAACAAUGCUAGUUUCGGUGGAAGGGACAUUUUUGGAGUAACAAAAGUAUCAUACUUUGAGGAGAAAUGCUCAGUUUCAGAGAAUAGUAUUUUUUAUUUUGACGACUCAGUACCGAGUACAUCUCGACUUGCAUCAAACCCUUCUCGAGUGUGUUUCUGUGUAAACGAUACACAAAACAGUACGUACCUUGUAUUAAACAAGAUAACAUUUCCAGGGGAGAGCUUUGAGACUUCUGUAGCUCUUGUGGGGUUUAACUUUAGUAGAGUAACAGGAACUGUGUUUGCUACUGUACUGGAUAGGCAGGCUGGAAGUAUCAAUGAUGGUCAACAUAUACAAUCUAUCAAUGACUACGAGCAAUGCACGACACUAACCUACACAGUAUUGUCCAACCAAAGAAACAGGACCCUUCAACUAAGCCUCUCUGUUGAAGAAUCGUUUGUUCAAGGCAAUCAAGACGACAUAAUUAAAGAAAGUGUAAAUAACAUAUACUCCGCUGCAUGUAUGUACUCCCCAGCACCGUGUGCAGCUCUUCUCCAUACGGCCAUCUUCAUUAACAUCACUAUCGAUAAGUGUCCACUGGGGUUUCAGCUUAAUACUUCAAGUAUGUGCGGUUGCGACGAAUACAGUAAGCAGUUGAUGUUAACUUGUGAGAUUCAAAACCAUACUGGCAUUAUCACUAGAGAAGGAACUGUAUGGGUAGGAGUGGACACUGCCGAACAAGGAACAGACGUAUACUACUGGUACCAGUACUGUCCUACACUGUAAAAACUGGAAAGUGACCGUCACCACCAAAAGGUAGUGAAACGGCUGCCACAAUAGUCACCGCAAAUCGACUGGUGACCCUCACCACUUUUUCAAAUCACUACAUUUAAGUAGUGACGAUCACUACAUUUAGGUAGUGAACAUCACCAGAACUAGUAAAAAUCACUAUACAAAAAUUCUGAAAAUGUGCACAGAAAAUAAUAACAAGCAUUAUGCUUACUAGCCUAACAGAGUAUAAAAUGACAGUGUCUAAUGGCCUGAGUUGAUCAUCAGUUCUUGGCUGUCUUUACAUCCCAACCUCCUCCCUCCUCCUGUAUAUGCAUGAAGGAGAAAGUAUGUUUAUUUCAUUGUAAUAGAGUCAACUAUGUAGGUUGGAAGUGUAUAAUUAUACAAAUUAGAUUAUGUGCCGGGGGAUAUCGCAUGAUUAACAACAAAACUUUUGCAUACCUACUGAGCUUCAAUUAUACGUGCAUGUGUACCGGUAAACCACGUUUACGUUUUCGUUGGUAAGUUUUCGUAAUUACCUGCUAUGUAUAAUUAAUUAUAAGCCAAAUAAAGUAAUCCAUGAUGUCACAAAUACUGAAGUAUGAAAACAAUGCGUGAAGCUGAGCCAAUUAUAGCUACAGAAAAUAGCAGGCACAAUUAUGUCUACAAGAAGAAGUAUCGGCCCGGACUAUAGUGGUAUACCUGAACAGCACACUGGAGAGCCAGGGAGGCUAUGCAAAUUCUUAUUACUCUAUAUAGAGCAGUAAUCAAUUAUUGUGAGCAGAACAAUAAGGUUUGGAAGAACUGCUAUACUGCAAGCCUUGUCAAAACAAUUAAUAGCUUGCUAUAAAUAAUUCAAAAUGAAUGUUAACAAUGGGUCUGCCUAAAACUCUGAAGAGGAACAACUUGCUAAUCAUACUGAAAAUUAAGGUCAAUGUGCUACAGGUGGCAGAUUCAUAAUUAUUUGCGUGAUCAGAGGCCGCGGUUACUUAUUUUCCUGGCAAAAAAUGCUACAAUUCAUAAGGCCAAUAUAGGUACAAUUUUCUUUCAUCUGCACACAUUCAAACUCCGCCAUGGGACAGUCUCUUAACUAAAGCACUAGCAAGCUGCUACCAAGCUAACUGGCACAUAGAUACCGUGCAGUAUCAAUAAGCAUGGCUCCCACUGCAGAUAUGUCUCAGCGAGGGUCAAAGUUCACUGAGGCUACCAAUAAAGAUGCAAUUGAGAUGCUACUAUUCAACCUUUAUAAUUGUAAGAGCGGCCUCUGAUCAAGCACAAUUUAUAUACAUACAGAUUAGGGGGUGUUUAGUAACCUAGUAACAACAAUUCUACAAAUCUUUUGCUGACUUUAUAGGCUAAGUACAAAGAUGUGAUACGAAGAGAGGUUGAAGUAAGACAAUUAUUUUUGGAACAAAAUGAACUGUUACACUCUUGUUUUGUGUGCAAAAGCAGGACUAACAGAACUAACAUAUUAAUCACUGACAACAAAUUGUGGCAAUACGGCAGCAGCAUGCACAUACCUUGAUUUAUGUCUAUACUUAAAGGUGUCCAGUAGUAUGGUUGCUCCACACGUUUUUUUUAACUUCAUAUCCUGCAAGUUAAUUACAACAGUUACUGAACGCAAUAGUGUGUAACAACAAUAACAGUAUAAAUAAACGCGCUGCAGGUGCUGAUGCCUUGUCCACUAUUUAUGGCAAUAAACCUCCGAGGACGAAGGCAAAGUCUCAAGGCCAAGGAUGGUUUAACGUUGCCAUAAAUUUUAUAAUUAUAAUUAUAUCUACUGAAAUGAAAAAUGCUUGCUAUAUAUACCUAAGCUAACUCACCUUGCAAGGACUAGUAAACAGUUAAAAACUAUUGAAAAUGAACGAAAAGCGUGUGCAUAUUAUUAUAGCUUGUAUAGCCAGUGCUAAACUUCUAGCGCUACGCACUAACUUGUCCAUGUGUAACGAGCCUACCCAUCUGUCCUCCCAUUGCUAACUUAUUUUUGGCUGUUUGUAACAAAAUCAGUGCGCCCUUAAGGCAACGGAGUAGUGAAACUCCACCCAGUUGCUAUGAUACAACCCAAGCGGGACAUAAUGAUGACAUGAUUGCUGCGACACUUAAAGACAAAACACUGCAUGCAACGGCAUUCCAAGUAUUAGAGCAAAAUUACCCAUAACUCGGGAAUGAUGCAAUGGCUAUAGAGCCUUUACAUUAUACUUGCACUUCGUGUUCAUUGGAACAGCUAUGGCAAUCUACACACAGACAGACAGUCACAUACACACACAAACACAACUACUGUUAUGUCGCUCAUCUGUAUAAUAAUAUUAUUAGUAUGUAUAUGCUUGAUCAGAGGCUGUGCGCAUGGCUACUAAAUGUUCAUUUUGCUGACAAAGGAGGCUACAAUUCGAGAGAGCACAUUGUUCAAGAGAGGUGUUUAUUAGCCCCAGCUAGUUAUUUUUACUCGAACUAUGCCAUGAGAAAGUCUUCUAAAAGCACUACUUAAGCAAGCUGCUACCCUAGCUAGCUGCUACCGUAGAUACCAAUCAACCACGUGCAGAGACAUAGCCUCAAAGUUCACUGAGGCUACUAUUUGAGUGCGGCCUUCAAGCAUAUAACGGUACCUAACAAUUAAGCUGCAACCGUACCAGUAUUAAUAUGGCUGCCAAGUGCAGAGACACAUAGCCUCAAAGUUCACUGAACCUAACAAUUAAGCUGCAACUGUAGAUACCAGUAUUAAUAUGGCUGAAAGUGCAGAGACACAUAGCCUCAAAAUUCACUGAGGCUACUAUUUGAGACCGGCUUCUAUUGAAGACUACUUUAUACGUACAAGCAUCAGUAGUUCGAAUUCUAUAAAUUUUACUGCAUUAACAAAAGAGGAUGGACGAUUUUAGGAUGGACAAUUAUUAUGAGAGUACAGGAAUGUAGAGUAAGCCCUACAAUCCUGAGAGGGUUAGCUUGGAAGCUCGAAGUAUUACAAUUACAAUGUGAAGUCCCUACUUCUUCUGAACUAGUAUAGUUAAUUAACUCACUUGUGUUGUGCAUACUGAACGAAGCUUAGGGCAAUGGGCUUUGGUCUUCCCUUGUUUAAGCCCUAAUGAAGUGUUUACUUGCGCUUUGCUUGUCCUUCAGGAGAAAUUCAGUUCUGCAUAAAAUAUUAAUUUAAACUGUGCAGCAUGUUGAGGAACUUACCUAGUUACACAGUUUUGUCAAACAACUCUCAAAGCAUUCUCUAAAAGCUCAACUUGUCUGCUUCUUUAAAAACUCCAGCAAAUAAUUUUUGUUGAUGUGUGCAGCUGCAAAUCUGCAGCUGCAUAAUUGCACGUGCCCUUAUUUGGUCAUAGGUCUAUUCAACAAACAAGAGCGCGCAAGUGAAGAUAUGGACAUGGAAGGAGCUAUAGCAAGCUAACUAGAUCUUCCUAUUACAGUUCAAUUCAGUGACAAGGAAAGGCAUUUGGCAGUCUUAUAUUGCUGCUACCAAAGGAUAAGGAAUAGUAGUGUGUGGAUGAAUAGUGUUGAAUCAUGUAGCUUAGAUAUGGAGCAUGUUGAUGUCGUGUAACAUCUUAUAGUAAAAGCAUUCCAUGAACUGUUUUACUGAGGCAAUUAUGGUUAACAGUAAGCCGGGUUGCGUGUUGACUAUGUCUUGGUGACUCAGUUUCUGUAAAAUAGACCACUAAAUCUAGAUCUACCUGGUACGGGUUAGCAGUAAGUCGUGUUGCGUGUUGAUCGACCAGGUACAGAAACCUCUUUUCAAAGAUGUUACACAAUUAAUACAUCGCUUCAACUAGUAAUUGUAUUUGUAAAUACGUGUGUGAAUCAAUUGUUAAUUAUUUUGUUUGGUAAAAUCUUAUUAUUGUGUACUGGCCUUAAUAUGAAUGCAGAUAUGCCAUUGUAACUGUUCAAGCUAGCAGUAACAUUAUACGUCUAUGGAUUGAUAAUCUCAUGCUUCUCUUUUAUUGCAGAAUAUGGAAUGCUGCUCAGGCAAAAAAGCUUAGUGAGAUAUCAGGGCACCAUGGGGCCUCUUUGCAGCCUUUAUACUUAGUCAGCAAACUAGAUCCAUCAAGCAUCUGCUUGAGUUUGUCACUCCCUUAGAUUUAACGGCAUAAUUAUUAUUGAUGCUGAUUGCCUUAAAGUUACAACCAAAGCUUACGUCUGUACCUGUUGGGAGUGGUCGGGAAUAGUGUAUUAUUUAUGUCCCAGUUUGUCAUCAUUGUUAGGGGAGGAGCAAUUGUAGCUAUACAAGAACAAUAUUAUAAUUGUGUACUGCAAGUUUGUUGGGUAAAACUUCAUGUUGUUUCAAGUUUACAGUCAGUGGUGGAUAUUAAAAAGACACCAUUACAUUAUCGUAUAAUUAUAAUUAUAGUAAGUAGCCGACCAAACAGUCGUCAUACACUGAUAUAGAAUAUUAUUUUAUAGUUCGUUGUAUUCUUCUGACUUGGUCUUCGACGGUAGCAGGAUAGACCGUAAAAAUGACAACUUGUGACUUUCACCAUGAAAUAUUAAAAGUAUCACAUUGCAUGCUGCAUGCCUAUCUAUAAAAUAAUAAUUAAUGGAGCUGUGACACACACAGGAGAAGGUACAGGGAACAGUAAGUUAAGUGAGAGGUACCACUGCAUGCACACUGUGAUGAAGGACUUAGGAUCUAGGAGUCAUCGCGGAGGUUGAAUGUAGUGAAGGACUUUGGUAGUGACCGUCACCACAGUUGGUAUUGAGCUAUGUUGGUGAAGGACUUAGGUAGUGACCGUCACUGAGAUUGGUAGUGAGGAUCACCACAUACAUAAAUCACCACCAUGUAGUGAUUCGCUUAGGUAGUGACCAUCACCACAUUUGGUAGUGACGGUCACCACCCUGUUUUUACAGUGUAGUGAAUACUGCACUAGGUCUGCAAUAUCUGUUCACUUGACAUCCCCUGAUUCGCAGUGCAGCUCAAACCGUGCUGGAAUACUGUGUGGGAGAUGUAAAGGCAACUACAGCCUGCAAUUAGGAGGUGAUAGCAGGGCAGACAGAACAUUGGCUACUACAUCAUCACUGUGCCUAUAGCUUGGAUUAAUCUGGACUUUGGUAUUGAGACUUGUUUUAUUCAAAAUUUGGAUCAAGUAACUAAAAGUGGUUUACAGUUCGUGUUUCCAGUCUACAUCUGGUGCAUUGCUGGUCUCAUCAUUUUAGUGUCUCGGUAUUCCAUAAAAGCCACUCGAUUCUUUGGUAGAAACUCUGUUGCUGUUUUGUCUACUCUCAUCCUCCUAUCUUAUGGGAAGCUGUUCAGGAUUAUCACAAAUGUGUUUACUCCAUCUGACAUUAGUGGCUCUGAUGGUUCGAUUCGCAGUGUUUGGUCCCUGGAUGGAAAUGUUGAAUAUGGAACAACACGGGGACACAUUGUCUUAAUGGUGGUGGCACUACUCUUUAUGCUAUUGUUUUGGUUGCCAUUCACUUUGACUCUCCUUCUAGUACCCUUCCUAAAAGCCAAGUCAGACUACCGACCCCUUUGCUGGAUUAACACAUUCAUGCCGUUUUUUGAUACUUUUUACGGUCCUUUCAAAGACAAGCGACAGCAUCAAAUGUGGACGGGGAUUCUACUCAUCUCACGCGUAGUGAUAUUGAUUGUUUUCUCAACAACCUCAACAUCCAAUCCGAAUGCUAACAUACUGGUAAUGACCAUUAUAGCUACACUCCUGCUAGUCUACACAUCCUUUGUUGGCUAUCUCUACAAGCAAUGGUUUGCAUCUGUGCUUGAAGUAUUGUAUCUGUUUAACCUCAUCAUCUUAGGUGGAGCAUUCUUGUUUUAUCAAAUACAAUCGGAAGAUGUCCGACAAAAUGACACCCUCAAUCCAGUGACUGCUACCUCAGUUUGUAUUGCUCUCCUGCAGUUUGCUUGUAUUAUAAUCUUCCACAUAGCCAAGAAAGUCGGACCCAAGCUUCAGAGGCUCGCCAAGAAACGAGAAAUGUAUACAAGCAUACAAGAAGAUGAACUCAUAGAAAGUGGAAGGAACGAAGUGACAACACAGGAAGUGACGUUGGGCAAUGCAACGCAGCAGCGUCAAUACUAUAAUGCCACUGAUUAUAGAGAGCCACUUCUGGAUGAUGUGUAGCAAAGCACACAGAAACUGAUGUCGAGUGUGUGCAUGUAUUACAUGUAAUUAGUGAUUAGUUUGAUUGUGAUGUGCGUAAUAAACUAUGUUAAUUCUUGUAAUGAUUUUGUGCUGAUUAAUUAUUAUUUUUGAUUUUGCUGAUUAUGUGUGUAUGUUAAUUAUUAGUUUGUGCUGCAUAAUAUAUUAUUUAUAGUUUG